UCUCUUUUUUUACAGAUUAACUGUUGUUGGUUAUUGCAAGAGGAGUCGUUGGCACAUUUCAAGUCCAGGAAAGCACUUGCUGUUCCCACAUUCAGACUGAGCGCCAGGCCCUUGGGCCUCUUGUUGAUCAGCCAGAGGCUGAUGAAUCAGAUCACUGAAGCAGAAAGUGUUCUUCAGAGAAAGAGAACUGCAGCUGUUAAUUCUCUGAAGAUAGCGUGGAUUCCAACGUAUGAACGACUAAAGACCUUCCUUAAAACCCUCAAGUCUGUCCUGAAAAAAGCUGUCAACUCGCAAAUAAAUGAAGGUACAUUUGUGGACCUGUUCCAAGUUUUUGCUGGAAUGUUUCUAGUACAAUUUAAAGUGAUUGGAGAGAAAAGGAGUUUUAAGAUGGGUGGAAUGAAUGUGCUUUCCAUAAAUGACCUCCGCUACGAUUAUGAAGAUGAAGUGUUUCACAAACCGACAGUAGUAGUUACUGUUGCAGAGGUGAAGAAAACAGCCCAAAAAUCUAAGAAGAGAAAAAAGGUACCCAAACGAGAGUUUGAUCAGUGUGUUAAGAUACGAAAAAUGGACGGAGGAGAUGAGGUAGCCACUACUGACAUAGGUGACUUGCAUGUCGAUGCUGGUGAUGAUUUUCAUGAUGAAGGUGAUGAUGACAUGGACGAUGAUGUUGAAUUUGGCAGUAAACUGCGUGGACAGCUCGGUAUAGAACUUCUAGCCGACAUUGAACGUUCAUGUCUGAUUAAGGUUGAUAACAAGCGCAUGAUUCUGGGAUUGACUGUUGAAGCCACACUGGUCCGACUAACAUGCUUGGAGAUGGACCUCGAUGACUUGAAGAAAAUGCAAGGCAAACCUCCCGAGGAAAAUCCGACUCAUGUAGCAACCAUCUUCUAUACAAAAGCAUAUGAAGAGGGAUGAACGUGCACAGUUGAUAUACAUUAUGCGGCACCUGUUGUUCCUCUCAAAUGACAAUGAUGCAAAUCUUUUACCCACUGUUCUCUGAGCAAAUGUUGUGACCAUUUAAUACUAGGGCAAUCAUUUGUCACUUUCUCUUGUCUUCUUUUCCUUUGCGAUCUCUACUUUCUCUUUUUAUUGCAAUGGACAGAGUGCAGAACGUAGAAAGUUUGAUACAGCUGUGACAUGCAAACAAUGAUGGUGUAAGUUACGAAGAAUGAUGAUGCUUGGCAACGUGAGCCCACUAAAUGGUUUGGUGUUUCAUUGAAUUGGUAAAAGAUCAAUAAAUCAGGUUGACUAAUCCAAUAUGGAAUUAUAUGGAUGGAUUUUUCCCAUUGAGUCUGUCAACUAGCAAACACGCUGACAGUUCUUACGUAAUGAUGAAUAAUGAGCCAUUAAUUUGCAUGUUAAAGUGACAUGAUGAUUGAAAGAGGUAAGACAUGUAAGAGGAGACAGGUGUGUGGUACAUUGGUAUUACUAAACAUUUACAUUCUACAUGUAUUCAUGGCUUUUGGAAUACCAAAAGGCGUGAUGGCUCAAGAACUUGUACAUGUAUCUUGUCCAAAUUUUUUCCGGUUUAGGGGCCAAAUAAUUCCCCAAUUCUCAGUAGAUGGAGGGAGUGUUACAUUGUAUGUCGAGGCCUUUAUUUUUUUUGCUGUUGCUGUUUAAAAUUACUGUUAACAAUUUAUCAGUUAUCUGACGAGUACCUCUUAGUCUAACACAUAGCAAUGGUCAAGCUGUUCUAUCAGAUAUCAGUAGCUAAAAAUACUUUUUUCUCUCCAACAUUGGGAUUUUCCCACUUUUACAUUUAUGUGCCUGGUGCCCAUGGCCAGAAGUAAUAACAAAGGUAAAGUGCGUUCCAGUCUUCUUUUCGGGGGUCGCCCAAUAUCGUAUGUAAUUCAAUAAUCUACCAUUUAUUUAUUAUAUUUUGUUGUCAGCCUCUUUCCAUUUUGGUAUUCCUUUGUUAUGACAUUCCACAAUAUCUGCCGAGAAACCAUGAUCCUGGUGCCUGGCAAUCUUUUUUUCUGUUUGCUUCACAACUUGAUUCUUUACAUUUACAGUAACAAAGUGUUUGAUGGUUUUUCAUCAUUGUGCCAUGUCUGUAUAUAUUAGUAGCAGUGUUUCUUUGAGUAUUUCUAUUUCUUUAUUGAAUAAUGAGUAAGUGGCAAAACUAAUCGCCGAAGUGGGCCGGACACACAACUCGGUCCGUCGUUGAAAGCAAGGCCAAUGUAAAUUUUCUUUUAUUUUGGAAAAUAUAACCUGACUUACCUGACAAAUACAUUAGAACAUCCUUGUUGAAUUUGAAAGUUUCGAUA